UCGCUACGAGUGAGGGUGAGGUUGUAGUGUGCUGGUGAUUAUAACUUUCCAACCAUGGCGAGGAAGUUAUCGAACACCAUAACUGCAAUAAUUGCUCUUGCAGCUAUAUUUUUUAACAGCAUCGUGGAGGUGCGAGCAUCAGGCGGCGGCAGCAGGUUUGAGCCGCAGGUUGCGAUGGUGUGUCGUGGCCGCACGGAGUACCUGGCGCAAUACCAGGCACCUACUGGGGAGUGGCGCACCAACACGGCUCCUGCCAAGAUAACCUGCCUCAAGGACAAGCUCGACAUCCUGCACUACUGCAAGCAGAUGUACCCGGACCGAGACAUUACCAACAUCGUAGAGUCGUCCCACUACGUUCAAGUCCCGAAUUUCUGUCGCGUUGGACAUAACAAAUGCAAAUUUUCUUCAUGGGUCAAGCCCUACCGCUGUCUCGAAGGACAGUUCCAGUCAGACGCGCUGCUGGUACCAGAAGGUUGCAUGUUUGACCACAUCCACAACCAGUCUCGCUGCUGGCAGUUUGACCGCUGGAACACAACUGCUGACGAGGCCUGCAAAGCCCGAAAGCCUUCGCUUCAUCUCAUGUCUUUUGCGAUGCUCCUGCCCUGUGGCAUCGACGUCUUCUCCGGCGUAGAGUUCGUCUGCUGCCCCAAGACUUACAAAGGUCGCGCCCAGGCUCGGUCUCAGCAGCUGGAGGAGCCUCUGGCGCUCCCCUCCCUGGACCACCGCGCCCCUCCCGCCCCUCCUGCUGACGCCAGCCCCACCUCGUCCAGCUCCCCCUCCUCUGCCCACUCCAUGCCCACCACGGCCCCUCAGGAGGUAGGCACCCGUGACUCUUACUUCAGCCGCUUCGACCCCCAUGAGGAACACGACGCCUUCAGGAAGGCCGAGCAGCGCCUCGAGGAGCGACACCGCGACAAGGUCUCCAAGAUCCUGAAGGAAUGGAGUGAGCUCGAGGUGCGUUACCAGGAGCUGAAGAAGAGCGACCCACACGGGGCGGACCAGUUCAAGGAACGGAUGACUCAUCGCUUCCAGUCGACGGUGGACGCUGUGGAGGCCGAGAACGAGGCUGAGAAGCACCAGCUGUCGGCGCUGCACCAGCAACGCGUCGUGGCGCACAUCAACGAGAUGAAGCGCGAGGCCAUGACCUGCUACACCCGCGCCCUCAGGGAGACCCAGCCAAAUACCCACAAGGUGCAGAAGUGCCUGCAGAAGUUGCUACGCGCGCUCAAUAAGGACCGCCACCACACCGUGUCCCACUACAAGCAUCUCCUCAACACCGACUUCAGGGCCGCUGAGCGCGAGCGUGACUCCACGCUACAGCAUCUCAGCGACCUCGACCGCAUGACUAACCAGAGCCUGCAGAUGUUGCAGCGUCACCGUGAGCUGUACGAAAAGAUGGGCCGCCUCAUGCACGACUACGCCAACAGCCUGCGCAAGAAGGACACUACGCCUGCUGAACUCAGCCCUGACUCCUCUUUCCUGCUCUCACAGGAAGAAGAGAACGCAAGCAGCGAGACUCGCACCGACGACUACGAAGAAGACGAUGCCGAUGACGACGCAGAAUAUGACGAUGCUGAGGAGGAUCACAGCCAGGAGCCUGACGAGAGCGACGAAGUAAAGGCUGGAAGUGAAGAGCCUGUGGAGACGCCUGCUCCGUCCAGCACAGAUACUCCUGCUCCUGCCUCCUCCACUGCCGUGCCAGCUCCCUCUGCAGUUUCGGGCGCAACGAAGCUAGAAGAACCCGAAGACGUUGCCGUUAGUUUCGGCCAGCCUCCGCACGUCGAGGUGUCCUCGUCCUCCUCAUCGUCAGACGAGCAGCAGACGACCAAGGACAACAGCACCGCGGACGAGGCUGUCGCCGUGACUCAUCAUCAGGAGGCGCCCCUAGCGGCACAUGCCCAACACCACGAGCUGGUGCACGAACAGACCGGCUACAGCGUGCGGACCGCCAGUGGCUCUCCAGCAGUGAGCGGCAGCGAGAGCCGCGGCGUGUACUUCACGCUGGCGUUCGCGGGUGUGGCGCUCAUGGCGGCGAUGGUCGUGGGCAUCGUGGUGCUGCGCCGCCGCGCCGUGCGUCAUCCUUCCCAGCAGGGCUUCAUGGAGGUCGACCAGAACGCCACGGUCAUCACGCCUGAGGAGCGACACGUUGCCAACAUGCAGGUCAACGGCUACGAGAAUCCCACCUACAAAUUCUUCGAGGAGAAGUAAAUGACGGUCGUAGAGAAGGGAACGGCCUAGGAGAGAAGUAUGGCGGCGAGAAGUGUGAUAGGCAAAGAAAGUCAUAUAGCAGUUGAGAAGUAAAUGGUUGAAGGAAGAUGGAACCUAUCGUGGCAUAUGUGUGUAAAAAUGUGUGCGAAAUAGCGGGGUAUCAAGUUGGGAAUUGUCUGGGAAGGUCUGGAAGAUGUAGGAGAAAAGAUCAUCGGUCAAGGAAAGAAAGAUUUAGAUCAUCUGCGAUACUGCUUCUUAGAUUGCUCGUAAAAUUCUUGAAGUUGUCUUCAAAGAUUAGGCUUUCAGAGCAAGCUGGGAUAAAUAAGCUGUCUUAAUUAGAACGAAAUCGAAGACGAUGUGUUUACAGGGCUUGAGUAAUGCCCUUCUCGGAGAUUCCAUUUAUUUUUGAUCUCCACCCCAAAAAUUUCAAUCUAUGUCUCUUGAGAUUUGAGUGUUCUCUCGAAGAACAAUUUAAUGCCAGUUGAAUGUAUCGCAGUCGAGCUUGUCAGUCGUUGGUAAUUUUCGAGAAAAUUAAGGCGGGAGAGCGCCGUACGUUACCAAUGUAGUCGCUUUUUGUGUUGCUUGUGUAGAUUUGAUCAUUAGUUAUUGAAUAGUUAUAUGCACGGUUGGGAAUUCCUCUGACUUGAAUACUUGGCGGGGACAGAAAUCAUCCCCCCGCUCGAGCGUCUCCUCUCCUGGUCCUCAAGCGAGUACAAGCUUGACGCUACAGGACGAUGACGACUGCAAAUUUUAUGUUUGGAUGACUUCAGUCCAUCGUAGUUAAUGUGUCUAUACUUAUUAUUAUAAAUACAAGAACUUAGCUGUGUAAGGCCAUUCUAUCACUAAUAUAUAGGUUUUGUGUGAUCAUCAAUAGAAAUUAAUUUGGCAUGCACUCAACUCAAAUUAUUUUUGUUGACGCAAUGUUACUCAAUUUUCAUUCUAACGCUGCUCUAAUUAAUUGAACUUAUCUAAAUCAUUUAUUCUGGCACCAAAUCAGCUGAAAUCCAUUCUCAUAUACGUUUUAGAAUAGAAACUUUUGGUGCUUUAAAUUACUUGGAGAGUUUGAAACUAUUGGCAGAUUCUUAUUGUAUCUGAGAUUUUGUUUCUUGUACUGUCUUUAAUAAGAUCUAGAUGUGAAUACCUAAUUUUAAUAUUUCUAUCUCAUUCCUUAUAAGCUCUGUGAGCAUCUAGUUGCAAAUCUCAAAUAUUGCAUUCACAAAUUUUUUUUAACUCUUCUAUCUUCUCACAAUAUAUAUUUUUUUUUGUUUUCACGUAUUGCAAAGCCAAUUUUAGAGUCAUGUACUCUCAUUAAUUUAUAUUAUGUGAAUUUAUUAUUGUGUCUCCUACAAUUUGACACCACAAAAUUUUACUGAGAAACUCAAAGCUUGACGAGUGCUAAGCUGUAGUUCUGUAUCUGACCACAACUUCUGUUGAAUGUUCUCCAAGCGGCAGCUGUAUGUGAGUGUUAGCCUUUAACAAUGAUCUGUAGCAUUUGUAUAUAUCGCUGUUGACUUUGUUUCAUCACUAGGCGCUUUCAUGUCAUCUGUUACAUAUCCUUACCUCUGCCUCACAAAACUUUCAAACCUGCUGGCCAUCUUUUAAAACUGAUUUAAAAUACGACUAAUCACAGCCGGUUGAUUGUAUUUCGCGACUUACUUUUCUCUCGGCCUUGAAAGUUUUUUUUUUUCGACGUUUGGACCAUUAAUCAUAGCUGACUUAGUGCCAUGCUGACUUUAAUGAUUUAUUUGCUGCUCCUAAGGCGAGUAUUUAGCCUCCCCUAGUCUUUCUAGAGCCCUCACCUGUUUAGUGACCUCCAGAAAUAUUUUCAGAUGCGAGAGAUUAUAAUUAUCACCAUAAAGAUAGUAUCUUUAGAUCUUUAAUGAAAUUGUCCGUCUAAAGGAUAUUGUGAUCACGCGCCCCAGUAUCGUCUCUUUUGCCUGCCAUCUUGUUUGGUAACUCGAUGGUUUUUCGUAUCCGAAAUAUUGGAAUGUUACUAUUGUAUUUUGUUAUUGUCACAUCAGUGUGGAAGUUUUACCACUGCAGUACGUACUUAAGGAAUCUAUAAGUAAGAAAUUUUGAUGUUCGGCCGCUCUAUCACUGCUGCUGCCGCCACCGUUGCCGCUUAUCGUGUGCGCAAUGUGAAUUAAUUGCUUCCUAAAACAUUUACAAUCUAACAUCUGGUUAGAAUGUAUCGAGUUCAACCAAAUCAGAUAAAUUCCUUUAAUCAUGAAAUGGAAUCAAGCAAUCAGUUCAAAUCAUAGGUUUUUCAGAUCAUUGACGGUUUAGUUAAUGUCUUAGGUUAAGGCCAAUUUUAUGUGUUUGUUUCGUGCCAUGUGAACGGCAUUAACAUAAUUCCUCAUUUAGUCACAUUCCUGAUACUUUAGAGGGCGACUUUAGCCUUAUUUGUCAUGGGCUGUCAUGGGCAUGGCGCCACGCCGCGGCACUGAAUACAUUUUUAUUAUGAUCAGGCUUCUAUAAAUAAGUACAGUCCCUCGGUUCAACAAGCUAUUUCAAUGGCAUAAAAAUGCUAUUAUUGAAUAUCUUAACUGAAAGAUUAUUAAAUUGUUCAUGAAACAACCUUUGACAAAUAAGGUGAACUCGCCUAUUGUAAUAAGCUGACUAUAAACCAGCGCAUGCGUGAGCGUAGCGGGGCCUCGCCUUCUCUUGUGUACUUCUACCAAGUUUAGCUUAGAACUUCGCCUCAACUGCCUCCUCCAAUCUUCGCUUUGCUCUGCAUCUCAUCUUAACACAUUCAAUCGGUCCAUAUUAAAAAAAAACAUCUACUCUUACCUGCUAUUGUAAACAUGACCAUAGUCACCGAAUUCCUGCAUUAAUUUUUAUUUCGAACUUAUAUUUCAGAUGAUUAGCACUGAAAACCACGCAGUAACAUUUGGAUCCUGAUUUUAGCUUGUACUCAUUAAAAAGAAAUUUCACAGUAAAUUUAGACCAAGUAUGUCCAUGAAAGUUAGCCAUUGCUCUCGUUUCCUUCUGAUAAUAUCGUAUAGUCUAUGUCUCCUGGCAAUUACUGUAUUCACUAGACUACUCCUACUAUUGCUGCUGAUACUACUACUAAUGGCUCACAGGCUUAUGAGACUAGCUCUGAAUUGUAAACUAGAUAUAAAAUACAUGUCUUAACAUUA